GACUCGGAUAAAAAUUAUCCCCUUCAAGCAUGAACUUUAAAAAAUAAAAAAAUAAAAAAAGAGGCGUUUUUUCUUAUUGCUUUUCUCACAUUUGUUUACUUCAUUUUCAAACCCGGGGGAAAAAUGUUGCGUCGUUGUAAUAGCUUGUUGACAAGCGAAUUGACUAUGAGAAAGGCAGCUCGAUAUUACCACGAUUGUCCAACAAACGCUAUACAACCCUUACGACUCUUACUUAUAGGCUGCCCGGGCUCAGGAAAAGGAACACAAUCCACAAGACUCCAGAGGAAUUUCGGUGUAGCGCAUUUAUCGAGCGGAGACCUUUUACGAAAAAAUAUACAAGAACAAACCGUUUUGGGUCGACAAGCAGAAAAGUGUGUAGCUGAUGGAAAGUUAGCGCCGGACGAUUUAGUUGUCUCUUUGAUUGAUGCUGAAUUGAGAAAAGUUGGUAACGCUAAUUGGCUUUUAGACGGAUUUCCAAGAACGCUCCAUCAAGCGAAAGCACUGGAUGCCAAUUUGAAUAGAAUAAUGCAACCGUUAAACCUCGUUAUCAAUCUCCAAGUACCUGAGGAAGUCAUUCUACAACGCAUCAUGGACCGUUAUGUUCAUAUCCCUUCAGGUCGAGUCUACAAUUUGUCGUACAACCCACCACAGAUAGCAGGUUUGGAUGAUAUUACGGGAGAGCCUUUAUCGAAACGGCCAGACGACACAACAGAAGUAUUUAAAGUGCGUUUGGAUCAACAUCAUCGUAUGGCCGCGCCUUUACUGGACCAUUAUCAAGAUAUUGUUGUUCAUGUGGAAGGCAGUACGAGUGAUGAAAUAUACCCAAAGAUUGAGAAAGAGAUUGUGAAUCGAUUAGGUGUUUUACCGGCCAUCAUGGUGCCCGAUGCAAGCAACUACUCGAUUGCAUCCAUUCGCCAGCAAUUAUCGUUUGACCGGCAGGACGAAGCAACAGAAGCAGAGGAGCACAGAGCAGUGGCCGUGGGUGCAAACUAAAAGACAAUCACCGCCAGUAGUAGAACGAAUGUAUUCAUUCCAUUUAUUCAUUCCUUACACCCUUCUUUUCCCCCAAUGCUUUCAAUCUAUUGACUUAGCUUUGCUUCUCCCCCUCUCAUCUCUUAUUGUACAGCAAAAAUAUAUAUUCUCUUUAUCCGUCCUCAUCCACAAUUGAAACCCUAAAUGAAACAUCGUCCACCUCUUCAUCUCUUUCCACUUCCCGAGUCAUUCUUUUUUCAAGUUAGACAAAUGUUCGUCUUGGAUGGACGAGAGACAUCCAUGGUCUGUACUGCCAUUGUGUUGUGGAAAAGAAUCGUUUUUAUUUGUGCAAAUAUCUAUGUACACACUGUUUUAAAAUUAAAUGACGCAAUGAGUUGGUGUGAAGCUGUAAUUUUUUUUUUUUUUUUUUUUUUUUU